UGAAAAGGGAAGUUGUCUUGAGGCUUAGAUCUGUAAUUCCUUUCAGCAUUUCCUUUUAAACUUCAUGUUUACCUUCUGCAAAAAAUCUAAUACCACCUGUUUGGUGCAAAUUUAACAGAUAUUUUCAUACUUUAAAAUUUGGCUUUUUCUCCAAUCCGGAAAAGUUUUGCCCUAGACUAGGGUGACAUGGUUAGCUUCUGCUGUUGCAGGAAGUGGUUUGACUUAACUUUUUUUUCUAGCUUUCUUUCUAUCUUUACGAGCUGAGAGAGAUUAACCCAAAUGCUGGCUAUGGACACGUGACCAAGAAGUUUUCCGUUUUUUGAAACAGUUAAACUGUUGCUGGUUGAUGACCGUUUGAGAUGAGAUGACGACGUCUGCGAGGCUGUAGGUCAACCCAGUAGCCAUGGAAAGGUCUGCAACUUCUGACAUGGCCUCUGAAAAGCCAAAUCCUUCCCACAGUACAGGAGCUGUUCAGAUGAGGAUCAAAAAUGCCAACAGUCACCAUGACAGACUAAGCCAAAGCAAAUCUAUGAUUCUGUCUGAGAAUGUGAAAGUCCUUGAGCCUAUAAAUCGUCACAGAAGAAAUCAUUCCCAACAUAACUUAACACUUGCAGACAUCAUCAGUACACCAGACCACACGGUGGUGGAGAAAGAAGGAUAUCUUCUAAAAGCUAAAAUAGCAGACGGUGGCAAGAAAUUAAGGAAAAACUGGUCCACGUCUUGGAUUGUUCUUACUUCAAGGAAAAUGGAAUUCUACAAAGAAUCCAAACAGCCAGCGCUGGCCAAUCUGAAACCAGGUUAUAAACCUGAGUGUGUGGAUUUGUGUGGUGCUCACAUUGAGUGGACCCCAGAGAAAUCCAGCAGAAAGAAUGUCUUUCAGAUCACGACAGUGUCAGGAAAUGAGUUCCUCCUCCAGUCGGAUAUCGACUUUCUCAUAUUGGAUUGGUUCCAUGCUAUCAAAAAUGCAAUUGACAGAUUGCCAAAAGAACGGAGUUGUACAUCGAGAAAUUUGGAGUUCAAACUCAGCAGAUCCUCCAGCACUGAAUUACUGAAUAGAUUAGACACUGAAUCCAAAGAAUCAAAGCCUGAACACAGAAAAUCUUUAAUUUUCAGGCUGAACUACAGUGCUUCAGACUCAAAUGACAGAAACCGAGUUAAAAGCAGAUUAAAGAAGUUUAUCUCCCGAAGACCAUCCUUGAAAACGUUGCAAGAAAAAGGGCUGAUUAAAGAUCAAAUUUUUGGCUCCCAUUUGCACUUGGUAUGUGAACAUGAGAAUUCUACGGUCCCGCAGUUUGUGAGACAGUGUAUAAAAGCAGUUGAAAAAAGAGGUCUAGAAGUUGAUGGAAUAUACAGAGUUAGCGGCAAUCUGGCAACAAUACAGAAGUUACGAUUUGUUGUCAAUCAGGAAGAGAAGCUGAAUUUGGACGACAGCCAGUGGGAGGACAUCCACGUUGUCACCGGAGCACUCAAGAUGUUUUUCAGAGAGCUGCCUGAGCCGCUGUUCCCAUACUGCUUCUUUGAACAGUUUGUGGAGGCGAUAAAAAUCCAAGACAACGCCACACGCAUAAAAGCCGUAAAGACCCUGGUAAAAAAGCUCCCUAGGCCAAACUAUGACACCAUGGAAGUCCUCUUUGAGCAUCUAAAGAAGAUAGCAGCCAAGGAAUCCGUGAAUCUUAUGUCAACACAAAGCUUAGGAAUUGUGUUUGGACCAACACUCCUUAGACCUGAAAAGGAGACAGGGAACAUGGCAGUCCACAUGCUGUACCAAAAUCAGAUAGUUGAACUUAUGCUGAGUGAGUACAGCAAGAUCUUCGGCUCUGAGGAAGACUGACAGACAGGGCCUGUUAUUGAAAACGUUCACAUCUGUCUUGAUGUCUAAUAUUUUUACAUUUCUGUAAACAUAUUUCUGAAAUAUUUCUUUUUCUUUCAAGUGACAGAUGCCUCGUUUUGUGAAAACUUAAUGAUGAUUUUGUGUUUAAUUUUCAAACAUUGGAAUAAAAAAUAUUGUCAACAUUUGCCUAUAUGUAUUCCGCAUUAACCCUUUGAGAGUUUCAUUAUGCUAGCACUCCAAGUGUCAGUUUUUUGCAAGCUGAGCAUACAGCAUAUGGCCAAGGACCAUAGAAAAUGCUGUUUACCAACAUAUGCAAUGGCACAGAAAGACAAAGAAUAAUUGAGGAGAUUGAUGGGAAAUGGAAUAAAUAUGUAUAUCAAACACAACAAAUUGAAACGGGUACAGCAUAGCUUAUAGGGAAUUGGAGUAUAAUUUACCUUUCCCUUUGAUAUGGAUUGAAAGUUAAAUACACGAUGAAUUAUCAAGUCCCCUACAUCACAGAUUGAAGAAAGGAUUCAAUCUAUUACAUUUAAACAAAUUACUGAAAAAAGAAAAAGCCAACAAAACACAGUCUCAUUAUUUGCAUUACAGUGCCUCAAAAAAUACAACUGAAAUCGGAACUUUGGCGUUUUUACUUCAGUGCAGUACAUGAAAUGAAGACAUUGCAUGACUGCUCAUUUUAAUGUAACAUCCAUUUUGAUUCUUCAUCACACUGUACAUCUGCCCGCUUUCCCCAGCUAUCUCAUGUUCUGUAGCAUUUGUAUUGUGCUCCUGAGGAUGCUUUAUUGGUGAACUACAUUAAAUUCAUCUAGAAAGACCUUUAAAAAAAAGCCUUUUCAUAUGCCCUUAGGAUUACUUGGCUAGACUUGAAUCAAUUUAUGCAUUUGAUGGUUAGUUUCAGUUGUCAUGGAUAAACAAAAGGGUAACUGUCUAGAAUAUAUCAAAUAUUGUUUCAUUUUGAAAUGUAUGUUUCCAGCUAUACACAUCUCCUACCCUGUUUUGUAAAAGUAUUCUGCUGAUAAAAUGUAGACUUAUGUUUGACAGCUUUUUAAUCAAGUUCAAAGAGAAUAAAUAAAACUAAUCCAGUGUGGUAAAGA